UUGAUAUUAUUUUCAACAUGGCGCCUAGCCUAGUUAAGAAUGUGUGUGUGUGAAAGUGCAGUGAAAUUAUGUUAAUACCAAUUGUUUUUAGUGUUAAAUUUAGUGUAUAAGUGAAAAAAAGUGUGCUUUAAUGCAGCGGUUAUCUUAUAAUGGCUUUGGAUUUACGCUUGCAUUCUCCUGCAGGCGCGGAACCCGUUGUUUAUACAUGGCCUCUUACAUCGGGUCAUGGCUCGGACAAACACGAUGGGGCCCUGGAGAUAGUAGAAACUAUAAGGUGGGUAUGCGACGAUCUGCCGGAAAUGAAGGGUGCCUUGGAGAAGAACAUCCUAAGCGACUACGACACCCACUCAUACGAAAGUAUGCGAGCUCUUUGCGACCGCUUCAACCGCGCCAUAGACUCAGUUGUUGCUUUGGAAAAAGGUACAUCACUGCCAGCUCAGCGCCUAAACAAGUACCCGUCCAGAGGUUUGCUGAAGCACAUUCUACAGCAAACUUAUAACCAAGCCGUUGCCGAUCCAGAAAAAUUGAACCAAUACGAGCCUUUUUCACCUGAGGUAUACGGCGAAACUUCUUAUGAGCUAGUAUGUCAAAUGAUAGAUCAAAUAGAUAUAACUGCCGAAGAUGUGUUCGUGGAUUUGGGAUCAGGCGUUGGCCAAGUUGUGCUACAAAUGGCGGCAGCGACACCUUGCCGUAUCUGUUUUGGUGUCGAGAAAGCGGAAGUGCCUAGUAAAUAUGCAGAGAGCAUGGAUCUAAACUUUAGGAUGUGGAUGAAAUGGUAUGGGAAAAAAUACGGAGAAUAUAAAUUGAUAAAAGGAGACUUUUUGAUGGAUGAACAUAGAGAAAAGAUAAAUUCAGCUACGAUUGUUUUUGUUAACAAUUUUGCCUUUGGGCCCCACGUCGAUCACCAACUGAAAGAAAGAUUUGCAGAUUUAAAGGAUGGUGCAAAAAUCGUAUCUUCAAAGAGCUUUUGCCCACUCAACUUUAGGAUAACUGACAGAAACCUAAGCGACAUUGGGACCAUAAUGCAUGUUAGUGAAAUGUCACCACUGAAAGGUUCCGUGUCUUGGACAGGAAAGCCAGUAUCUUACUAUUUACAUAUAAUAGAUAGGACCAAAUUAGAGAGAUACUUUCAAAGACUGAAAAAUCCGAAACUCAAGGGAAUUCAAAAUGGAUGUGACGACGGAGAGGGAAGUAGUAAAAGGAAUGUAAGCGCGCCACCGACGAGACAACCUACACCCGAUUUGCUCAAUGGCAAUAGUAAUCAUAGCACCGGCUCACUGCCAGAAAGGAGACGAAAGGUUGCGAGACCGAGACCUAUUAGGGGCGAGAACGGGCGAACGCGCGCGCGCGCCACGGUGGCGAAGCGUCGCGUGGCGCGGCGCUCGAGCGACGAGAGCGACGAGGAGUCGAGCGGCACGGACGACGCGCCGCCCGGCCCCGAGCCCGCGCCGCGCGAGUGGGGCGCGCCCUGGGCCUCCUCCUCGGACUCCAAUCGCCGCGGGCGCAGUACGAAGCGCAGCGCGAGCGCGGGCGGCGCGCGGCGGCGGGCGGCGCGGGCGAAGCGGCGCCGCGCCGCGCGCCCCAACAUCGCCGGCCUCGACCUGCUGCACUCCACCACGCUCGCCUCCACUAUACACAAUGGCGCUGUGACGGCGCCGCCGCCCGGGUGCGUGGAGCAGCGGCUGUCGGCGCUGGGCGUGCAGCUGCAGUCGCCGGAGCGGCUGCACUCGGAGCUGGAGAUCCCGCGCUCGCCGCACACGCCCUACAGCCUGCAGCUGCUGCUCGACAUGUUCCGCGACCAGUACCUCGCCUUCAUCGCGCGCAUGAACUCGCCGGAGUACGCGCUCGACAUACGCCACCAGAUUGAUAAGGAGAAGGAAAGAAACCAAAAAUUGAAAUCCAGAGCUUCUCAGUUAGACAAACAAAUAAGUGUUCUUAUUAGCGACAGUGUGGCGUUGUUGAAAGCGCGCAUGAGUGAGUUGGGUAUUCACGCUAAUAAUACAGUUGAUCUGCUGGCGAAGGCAAAGGAAAUUGUUGGAAGGCAUAAAGAGCUUCAAAGUAAAGCAAGUAAACUGCAGGCUCAGGUCAAUAAUAUAGAAGUCGAACAAGCUAUGUUAGUGAAGCAAAGGACGUUUGAGAUAACUGAAAAGUAUAGACAGUUAGGGCAUAUACCGCCCGACGUCGAGAUCACGCAGAGUAUAGCGCACGAUUGCAUAUUGAAAGAAAUAUCGGCCACGUUAGCACAUAGGAAACGGUUACACGCACAAGUUGGUCACUUGCAAAAUGAAAUUAUUCAAAUGGAAAAAGCAAGUGAACAACAAAAAGCACCGACACCGACCGUGCCUGUAGCGACUGUUAAACCGCAUACAGUGAACUCUAAGCCGAGGAAAUCGAGAGAUCAUCGAUCCAGAUCCCAGGAUUGGCCAGAUGUACCCGAUGUUGGUAAAAUUGAAGAGCAAAACCCUGAGAUCUUGGCUCAGAAAAUAUUAGAAACGGGGCGGCAAAUAGAAGCUGGAAAAAUAACCAAACCAAAUGUUAUUGUGAAUGGAUAUAUCAAAGACCCAGAUCGGCAUGCUGAUCACAGGCAACAAAAGGCAGCUCUUCCAAUACAUCGUUCACAAAUACUGCCUCAGCGAAGCGGACAAGUGACACCGCUGUCGCGUCAAUCGCCCGUCAAGUCGCAAAAGCCGCUCAACGUGGUCACUAAAGUGCAGGAAUCACCCAAGGUGAUCAAUUUCGAAGACCGUUUGAAAAGCAUAAUAACUUCGGUGUUGAAUGAAGAUCAAGAACAACGUAAAGCUUCUCGACUGGAGCCGAGACAGCCAGUACCAAAUCACACAUACAACAACGGGUACGUGCGGCCGAACGGUCCGCAUCCCGCUUAUGUAGCGCGGCCGGCAUCUUCAGGGAAUACGCCGCAAGCGUACGCCCGGCCAAUGCGGGACAUGCGCGAUCCAAGAGACGGACGUGACCCGCGGGACAUACGCGACUCGCGUGACGUGCGAGACUCACGCGACGUGCGUGACUCGAGGGAUAUGCGGGAUCCAAGAGAUAUGCGUGACGCCCGCGAUGCGCGUGACCCCAGAGACGUGAGAGAGCGCGACGUGCGCGACGUGCGGGACGUGCGCCGCGAGCGGUACGGCUACGAGCGGCGAGAGCCCCGCCCUUCGCACGCGCAUCAUGAGCCGCGCCCGCCAGACAUACGCAACCACCACCCGUCGCAACCGGAUUAUACACAGGUGUCCCCAGCGAAGCUAGCGCUACGUCGGCAUUUGUCGCAGGAACGCCUGUCGGGCGGCGCGCGCACCAUCGGCGACCUGGUCAACGGCGAGAUCGAGCGCACGCUGGAGAUCAGCAACCAGAGCAUCAUCAACGCGGCCGUGCACAUGAGCGCGCGCUACCACGAGCCGCCCGCCGCCGCGCACCAGCCGCUCGAAGGAUUGGCUGCGUGUCUGCAAGCGCGCGUGCUGGCAUCAGAGUACUGGCGCGGGCGCGGCGGCGAGCCAAACGCGGGCGCCGCAGGGGCGGGCGCGGGCGCGGGGGCGGGCGCGGGCGCAAUGUCUUGGUCGUGCCAAAAAUUUAACAAGUUGUAA